UCCACUGCCCUAAUGGCGGCGACCUCCUCUCGGAUCCGAUCUCUUCGCGCCCCCUCCUCCGCCCAUCGCCGGAGCUGCGCCUGCUCCCCGACUACCCACCCCGGCUCCUACCGCUGCAGCGAUCACAAGAUCGUUGUUCCCCAACGACCCAUCGCCGUUUCACCGUCGCAGACCCAGAUCGGGCUAUUGAGCGGUGAUUGGGCUCGUCGCGUCCUCGUCCUCGCCGCGCUAAGUCGUCCUUCUUCCCAUCUCAACCACCGCAAGGCUGUAUUCCAGCCUCGCCCUAGCCGGCUCUCCUCCGUCUCCUCCGCCGAUGAUCUCUGAUCUCCAGGUUGGUUCGUUCUUAGCCUUGCUUCCUCUCGGUUUUGAUCGAAAUUUUCAGAUCACGAUGAGGGAUGAGAUUUUAUUAUUAUUAUUAUUAUUAUUAUUAUUAUUAUUAUUAUUAUUAUUAUUAUUAUUUACUGCCGUCGUUGUGUAAAUAGGAUGAUUGAAUCGUCGGCAAAGAGAUGUAUUUAUUUAUUUAUUUAUUUAUUAU